AUGGCAGCACUUUUUGGAUGGUGGUGGAUACAGCUGCUCAAUUUUUUUUCUGUUCUGUCUGUUUUUUUUCAUUAGCCAAAUAUAUCCUCGACACGACAACCGAAUCGAAAAAAUCAAGAAAAAUUACCCAAAAAGUUAUUUGGCAGCUGAUCAGUCAUUCCUUUUUGUUCACCCGCUGACGAUAAUGAUCCAGCUAUAGAAUAUUUCAACAAAAAGAAAAACGAAUCGAAUCUCAAACGACGAUCAAAAAACAUUCCUGAAUUCAUUUGUUUCAACGAUAACAGCAAUCAACGGACAAAACGAACAAACGAAGAAAAUGAAUCCAAGUGGUAGCGAAUUUACAUUACGUGUUGCAAUAUGUGAUCUAGUUGAACGUUUAAAACGUAUGCAACAUAAAUGUACAUAUUUAGAAGAAUGUCGUAAUCAAUUAGUUAAAGAAGUUAUACGUUUACGUUUACAAAAUGAAUGGCUAUCAAAACAACAACAAAUUGCUGAUAAUACAACAACAGCUAAUAUUAUUCAUGAUAAUUCUUCUACAACACCAGAAAUAUUAUCAUUAACACAAAAUUUACAAACAACCGCCGAAUCAUGUUUUUGUAAUCAAUCAACGAUAACAGCAACAAAUUUUACCCCGAAUAAUAAUAAUCAUCUAGUCAAUGAUGUUCACCAUUGUCAAAACAACAACAAUGGUUCGCAAGAAUCGAAUCAACAACUACAACAACAAAGAUUACAAACAACCAAAGAUGAUAGUAUACAUUUGAUAAAUAUCCUAAAUGAAUUGGAACAUGAUGGUGAUGGUUUUGAAAAUCGCCAAGAUUCAAUACGAAAAUUAACCAUACAAAUGUUGAAAGAUUUAGAUAAUGAAAUGAAAACUGGACAUUUAAAAAUGGAAUUGAUAAAUUUCAUUCGAAAUAAUAUGGAUAAUUCGAAUGAUGAGCUCAUUAAAUUUGCUGAUAACAAAAACGAUGAUGAUGGUCAAUCGCAAUCACAAGAACAAUCAACGCAGCAAUCAAAUGAUGAUUAUGAAGCAUUCAAUAAUAAUAGUGAUUAUUAUACAAAUUCACAUAAUCUGAAUAUCCGUAAUAUGGAUUUGAUUGAUAAUAAUAACCGGCAGCAGCAGUUAAUUACCGAACAACAACGAAAAGAUGUCAAAAGUGGUGAUGAGAAAAUAUCGAAUAACUUUUCGAAGUCGACCAUGUUGAAAUCUAAGCGACAAGAUUCGGAACAUUCGAAUCUGAAAACAGCGGCGGCUGCGGCUACAUCCACAUCAACGACAACAUCAAUAGUAUUCAAUAGUAUCGAUUUAUGUACAAAAGAAAAUCAAUUAAUAACAUUAAUAACAAAAAUACGUAAUGAUAUUAAAUAUAUACAUCAAGGUGUCCUUGCAUCAACUGAAAAAUUAAAAUCAAAACAAUUACGUCAUUUUUUUCAAAAACAAAUUAAUCUUGAUCAACAGCAACAACAAUCUGGAAUGAUGACAACAACAACAACAACAAAGCAACGACAACAACAAUAAUGAUGGAAAAUCCAUGGAAAAAAAACAUUUAGUUUAAGUGGCCUUUCAAUGAUGGUGGAUCGAAAUAGCAUUACUCUUCUUUUCUCUUCCUUUUUUCGGUCGAAAUAGUCGAAUAUUUUUGUAAAAUAGAUUUUUUUAAAAGAAUUUUUCUGUAAAAAAAUGA